CAGGACCGAACAGGACCACAACCGAUCGAGAUGAAUGAUCCAGCUGGAAAAAGAAUGGUACGUUCUAUAGAUUCAUUGUUUCUUUAAUAUUAGUCGCAAGGCUGGAACAAAUACGCAAAUCGCCUCUUGCACUUCUCAAAUUAUUUUAUGGCAAGCCCUUGAAUCCAUCUUAACAUUCAUCAUCGGCCCAUAGGCUUCUGGAAUCUUGAAUCAUACGCGUGCUCCCUGUUGAUCGCUAGAUUCGCUGAGAACAACAGGAACUGAAGCAAAUUUCAUCAUGGUACGUGGCGUUGCACAAUGAUACAGAUAACUUACCAUAAUCAAGGCUCGAAAAAAGUUGAAUCCCAGCACUUCCUUUGAGCAAGCAGCUCUAUUAAACAUAUUUUGCUUGCCUGCCGGACCACUUCUUGGUCAUCAUAGUUAAUGAUUUUUUAGCGGAUGACUCACCUGAAUCCUUGCCCAUAGGGCAAGUAACCUUUAAAAGUUACUUGCCCAGCAAGGAAGUCUACUCGUCCUUUGCCACCAAACAGGUAUUUUCUUCCGAGUCGUGAUAAUUAUUGGAUGUGGUUUCAGGAGUAUACAUAUAUCAUAGUGAUAUGAAGGAUUAAUUUUAAAUCAUUAUGCAGAUCAAGGAAGGCUCGGCUGAGGAGGAUAACACCCUCCAAGAUACCAUAAAAUUCCGAAAAUAAGGCCCUCCAUGGAUAAGCCCCUCCAAAUAUAAGCCCCCCAAACUCAUAACCCAAAAAACCCUUCGUUAAAUCACCCCUCCAAAUAUAAGCCCCCCUGGGGGCUUGUACUUGGAAAUUGUCCUCAAAUGCAAAGUAAAACAAAGCAAAAAUGGUAAAUUUCCUCCCAACUAUAAGGCUAGCCAAAUCGAUUUUGAGAGGCAAAUUUCCCUCCGUAGAUAAGCCCCUCCAAAAAUAAGCCCUUCAAAAAGGGCCUUUGAAAAAUAUAAGCCCCAGGGCUUAUUUUCAGAAUUUUACGGUAUUCAUAAUUAGUCAUAUCAUACAAAAGCCAAAUCAGGCAAUUUUUUUUGUUAUUUAUUCCGAAUAUUUCCAACUAAUUAUGAAAACAUGCUUACUUUGAUGAUGAUCUAUGCAAAGUUCUCGUCCUCGUUUCAUUUGCUUGUUGCUUGGCAGUUUCUUGAUGAAAAGCAAUGUUAUCAUUGAAUCAAGUUGUAUUUUUGCUAUUCUUGUACGUCUAUUCCAGUUUGGCUAUUCAUGUGAAAUCUCCUGCCAUUUUCUCCAACUGUGCCAAAAUAACUAACUUUGUGCCCCUUCUGAUCUGCUCUCCCCUUUUCUGUUCAUUAUCUGUGAAGGUGACUCAUUUUGACGGCAAACAUCAUCCAAAUUUGGUCCGUGGUAGCUGGUUGUUAAAAAAUUAGCCAGGGGUUAGGAUAAAAUCAGAAACUGAGCAUGAAUGAAUAAUAAACCUUUUUCCCUUUUACUUGUUAGUUCCAUAAAUCAUCUUAAAAUUAAGCCUCCCACUCUCUAAUAAGCCCCCCGUUUUCAGGGGAAGAAAGUUAAUAAGUGCACCCUCUCUAUUAAGCCCCCCCCCCACCCCUCUUUCCCCCCAAUCUUUUUUUUCAUCAAACUUAUACAUUUUUUUACCCCAACAUCCCUCUCUCUUCUUUGUCUCCUCCUUUGGGUUGUUGACAUUUUCCCACUAAACUGUGUGUUUUUUUCUACUUUCCCCCCCCCCCCCCUCCUGUCCCCUAAUUAUUCUUCUCUAAUAAAUGAUAGACUGUAUUAAUCAAUCAUGCCUGUCAAACUUUGUGUAGACUAAUCCGGGAUGGUUUAUUUACCAACUGGAAGUUUGGGUUGAUUCUGAUCCUCAGCUGCAUGACCUCCAACCUUCUUGUUCGUGAGCUCCUCCACUUUGUAUUCUAGUUCUUUAUGGAGAACUGCUACCAUAGUCUUUUCUAAAUUAAAUAAUGGCCCCCUCCCAAAUAAUUUCCCCUCUCAAAAGGGCUUGAAAUAUUGCCAGGUUUAAAGGACGAUUUAUGGUAAUAUGAAUAUUGAUGACCCUCUAUUUAGCAACAAGUUACUAUGUCUGCCAACAAAAUUGUCAUUAAAUCACUUAAAAAACAAACCCUCUUUUCUGGCCAACCUUAAAUUAGUGGCCAUGUGUCUCUUCCCCGGGAUGGUCCCCUGAACAGGUUUUGUACCAAAUAUGGCCUCUUUGAGGUUCCAUUUGGUUUACAAUAUUUUUACAUCUAACUGAGUUUACAUAAUUGGACCUUUUUAUAUUAGCUUGUAUGUUUUGCUUUUCCAGUGUUCUCCAAGGAAUUUGUCUUUGUCUUUUCAUAAAUUAUACAAACACACAAUUUUGGAUGCACAUGCAUAGGACGACAUUUGAAAGAAACAGUUCUCUGGGGUACCAAAUGUGGUCUGAAAUGGGAAAACAAAACAUACAUCAGGGACCGCGGAGCAAGGUGAAAAGUGGCAGGGCUGACAAUUGAAAAUAAUUUUUUCACAUUGAAAAUCGAAAAAAGGAAUAAAAUCAUAGUAUUUGAUUUGUUUCUGUCCCGUGACUUUGCAUACUUUAUCCAGUGUAUUUGUUGCUCUUUAUAGGUCGACCAACAUUCACGGUCAGUUCAGAUUCAAUGCAAGAAAAGACGCGAUUACAAUUUUAGUAUAGAAAAUACUACACUGAAGUGAUCUGAAAAAUUUCUAACUAUGGCCGUUCACUGUUCAAGUAAUGUAAUUCUUCCUGCCAUCGAAAAUUUCAUUGAUUCGAAAGGAGAAAGUGACAAAAGAUAAAACUUUUAUCAACUCAAAACAACUACUCACCUUUGUUUGGCUUGAAAAAGCUAGUAAUUUUCUUCAUUUUGUCUGAUAAAACUGAUAAAAAACUCUGCCGGAGCUGGAAGUACAAAACACGCUGCCGAAAGAAGCGAAGGGGUGGCCAAGGCAUGGCGUUUGAUCAAGGGGAAGUCGGCUCCAGAGCACAAUUACCGCGAAAAGCACAGGAGCCCCACAAAAUGCCUGGCGUUUGAAAUUAAAGAAAAUACAGAGAAUAUAGCGGAAUAUAGACGGAAAAAAAACUUGUUUCAAUUCUUCUUUUUUUUUAAUUAUUUUUCUUUUAAGCGGAAAAAGUGGGGGCAGGGGCGCAAAAAAGUGGUGGGGCUGCGGCCCUACCAGCCCCUCCCCCUCCGCGGUCCCUGUACAUGCUAAAAUUGUCUAUUACGUGCGGUGUUUUUUCUUAAUUAAAAAUCAAUGUGUUUGAUCUGUUGAUUCGUCUGAUAAUAAUAGGCUACAAGUUACAUGUAGCACAGUCGAGUGACUUCAGUAUUUAAAAAAACGUAGAACCUUGUUAUAGGUAAAACCUGUAUAAUGUACAGCCAAGUAUAGAUGUUAUGUGUACUUGCAUUGUAGUAAAAUGUACGGAACAACAUUGGGACUUAAACACAAUCGAAAAGUUAAGCAGAAAUUAUCCUGCACAUGCACAGUUUAGUGCCAACAUUACUGGGUGAGAAUUGAAUUUACAUAGUAUCAUAGGAACCAUAUGCAGAAUUUUCACUGAAACACUAGAAUUAUCCCAUAAUUUUCAAUCAACAAAAACUCUCUUAUAAGCAUUGAGUUGAGCUUGCUUAGGGAUUAGAAAAGAAAUGAGGAGGUGAUUAAUUUUACAUGAAACAGGAUUCCUUGCUAAAAGUUUUGACAGUCGAGUCCUCUUCAGGAUAUAAAAUUUUCUAGUUAUGUCAUAUUCAAUUAUUUGUUUCUGAAUUGAUUGAGUAUGAAGAUCAAGAGCCUGGAUUCGCAAAAAAAAAAGCAGAAAUGUGAUGAUCAUAGUGCAUCAUUUAGUCAUCACCAAAAAUAAAGUGUAACUGUUAACUUCAACAAAUAGAAAUCUGAGUGGAAUCAGAUUAUUAAAAAUUAUUCAGUAAUAUACAUUACUUCACAUGGUGUUUGUUUCCUGAUAAGGCUAAUUAGCUUAUUCCUUUGGGCACUGCAGGUCAUAUUCACUUUGAGAGUGACCGAAAGUGUGUCAAAUGAUUUCACUUUGACAAGGUUAAAAAAGAUAAGAUUUUAUCAUAUAUUAGCUCAAUUAAGCUGCUUGAGCUACAAAGAGUGAAGAUAUUCUUUUGGUUCUAAAUGUGUCAUGGGCUGCAGUGAAUUGUUGCACCUGUUAUAAUGAAAACUUUUUCCAGAUACAUUCAAAAUUUGGAUCUCAAAAAACUUGUACAAGAAAUUUUGAUCACUGUAGACUGAGAUUCACUUUUCUUCUUUUUUCAUUGGAAAAAUGGAAUGUAUCUUUCUUUCUGAAAUAUGUCAUGGUUAUGGUUACACCAGGCCAAUUGAGAUGAUGUAAUAUAGCCACUUAAGCAACUAAGGAUAUUCACUGAUCUCAAACUUGUCACCAUCAAUCUCACCUCUCAAGAAACCCCCUUGUUUUGCAACAACUGUACCAUUGAUCACACAUACAGAUGUAGAAAAUGUAAUGUGACCGUAGAAAGCAAAGCUAAUACAUAUGCACAAACCCUAGUGGAUUUUGCACUUGUGCAGCUAAAGAAUUAUGUUCUUAACUUGUCCAGCGGGUAAGUGGUUUUUAAGGAUACUGCGAAUUAUAAAUUAAAGUACCAUAAAUGACCUAAUAAAUGCCCACUUCCAAAUAGACACCAAGGUCUUAUCUAAUAAACGCCCUCUCUAUGUUGUUAAAAUUGUAUUAGAUGUCCCUCUCUAUUAAACACCCCCUGUUUAAUAGACACCCUCUACAGAAUUACUCCAAAGUACUAGGAAAUUUUUUAUUAGCAAACAGGUGCAAAAUCCUUCAAUUCAUUCAGUUUCUUGCUUGAUUGACCAGGGUUUGCAUAUUUCAUCUUAUGCAAUUUAAAGUUUAAGGUAAAGAUAGACUAACGAUAGCCACACAGUAACAAUGACCGAGAUUCUGACAUUGAUGUUGGGAUUUGAAACUCUAGGGAGCCUAGACCUAUCAAUAAGGAGUGGAUAUUCUGCUAUUUUUUAACUCUCUUCACACUUUUGCCAAAAGCAUUUUAGUUUUGUUGAGCUUGUUACAGUCAUGAAAAUAAAAGCCUCUCUCUUUUAGAUACCUCCUAUCUAUUUAACACCCCACUUGGACCGCUAGAAUUAAAUAGAUGCCCCACACAUUUAAUAGGUCAUUUACUGUACUGUAAGACAAAAUUAAUACAUUGUAGUUAAGAUUUUCUCAUAAAUUCAUGCUGAUCAAAAUCUGUUUUUCAAGCUCAUAUGACAAAGUGGAAUUAUUACUAUUGUUAUAAGAAUGAAUUAAUAAAGCAAUAUUUAAUAAAUAGUAACGAAUUACAUGUAUUCGCUUAUCCUGUUCAUCCAAGAAAAUUUCCUGGUUAGCUACAAUAACGUUUCAGUUAAGCUCAGGCAAAGCUGACUUUCUUUGCACACUGAAUACAGUGCUAUGUUUUCUUGUAUAUAAUAAGCCAGUUACAGAUACUUGUUGUGUUUUGCAAGGGUGUCAGAUUACGAAAACUUUCCCAAAGCUUCAUUAAAAAGAGAUCUUAUUCGGGAGGACCCAUGUAACCUAAUACCACUUUUUAGCCUAACAAGCACUCUUCUAAAAUAAGAGUCAAAUAAAGAGAAGGAACAUCCUCUCAACCAAACUACCAACAAAUCUCUAUUUACUCACUUAACCCUCUAAGACCCAGAAUCCACCCAGAAUCCUGUUUUCAAGGCUUCCUCGCCACUUUCUUCCUGUAGUGUUUUUUUUUCUUUGUUUCUUUGUACAUUUUGUUUGGCAAAUAAAAUAAACGAAUUCUCCAGACUAAUCUCCAUACGUUUCUUCAAAGAAUUAGUUGAGAAAAUGUGAAAGAAAUUCAAACAUUAUUCCUUUGGUGAUCAUUUUAUUGAUUUUAUUCUCAUAACCUUUUCUCCUGAUGAUGUAUGGAUAUUGUUGGAAGAAAAUUGAUGAUGGUCAUUCUUUCUUUCCUUCAGUUUCAGUUUCUUUAUCCUGGGAUUUGAAACCGCAGUUACUCUAAAUAUCAUUAUGACAAGAUUAAGUAACUCUUUCUUCACUAAUUGGCUAUUUUAUGUUUUGCUAUUGAGAGUUGAUACCUUACAGUCCUACUUAGUGAGGGUUCAUGAUUUAUGUAGAGGGUGGGGGCAAGAAUUUUUCCAGUUAGUUUUUAGCGGGGGCUAUGGAAAAUAUCUGCCAAUGUGACUGAAGGUUUUAAGGGGGGGAUAGCUAAAAAGUUGCGACAAAAACCAUUACUGUGUUUCCCUCCCUUCUCCAGGGAAUUGUUUGUGUCACUAUGAGACUGGGGUGAGAAGAAAAGACAGCAUGUAAGGGGAUGAUAAGAGGUGAUGGGGGAAGAAGGACCACACCCUUUGCUCUUCCCAUUGUCCCAUUGUGCUUAUUAUUUUUGUUUAUUUUUUUUUAUGUAUAAUGUAUAAUUUUAUUUAUCUAUUGCUAGCGGGAGCCUCUGCUGAGGAAAUAGUCUAUGGGGGCUAUAAAAAAAUUUGGCCAAUGUGACUGAAGGUCUGUGGGGGGGGCAGGUAUCAAAAAAGUUUCAAUAAAAACCGCCACUGUGUUACUCUCUUUUCCCCAUUUAUCUCCUUGUGUCACUAGGAGACUGGGGAGAGGGGGAAAAAGGAGCAUGCAGGGGAUGAUACAUGUAAGAGGUGAUGGGGGAAGGAGAACCACACCCUUUGCCCUUCCCAUUAUCCCCUCGUGCUUAUUAUUUUUGUUUAAUUUGUUAGGUAGGAUUGUAUCGAUGAAUUGCUUGUUGGAACCUUUGCUGAGGAGAUAGUCCGUGUUCUUAAGUUUAUAAUCCUAUUGGUGGUGAAGCUAGACAGUGCUUAUCAGUUUGAUAAAUUUAAGUUUUUCAAUAGCAAUAAACAAAACUGAUUAGUUUUUUGCCUAUUAAACAAUUGUUGUGCUGUGGUUAAAUGUCUUGAUCUAUUCAUCAGGGUUUUGUAGGUGGGAGUGGUGGCAGAGGAAAGGAGGUCAUGUAUUUUCCCUAUAGUUGUUGGAUAUGGAACAACGGGGGAGAAGAUAAAAACAUACCAAAUCAAGGGGGGCUUCCAAAAAUUACACGGAAAAAAAAUCACUUUAGCCCUUCUCUACAUAAACUAUGAACCCUCACUUAAUUUGAUAGAGGCUAUAAAGACCUCACGUCUGUGCAAACAUUUUGGCUUGAUUUUGUAGUCCUGAUCUGCUAUUAUUCAACUCAUUUAAUUCUACUAGCGGAAGACUUAAAAUGUUUUUUGAUGGUGUUUUAUAGAGUCUGAUAUUUCUGCAAAAUUUUUCUUUGCCCCCUGUGCCACCCACCCAUGGUGAACAAAACGUUUACUACGUAGUCCUAGACUGCAUCCAGCCUUUUACGGUUUGGCAAAAACCAUCCCUGUCACCCCUUAAAGGGCAUCCAAAAAAACUAUAUCCCCCAACUACCUGUCUCCUAGAAGGCUUUCCAAAAAUGUUUGUUUUCGACGCCGCCCUCAUGUCACAAUAAAUGAAAGCCACCUCAUUUUCAAUUUUUUUUGUGGUGGUAGCUGUUCUGUAGAGGUAGAGGUGAAAAACACUGAAAAGAUCAAAAGAUAUGUUCUUAUAUUCACGAGCUAAAUUCUGACAUAAGAUCGCACUAAAAGAAACGUCGUUUUGACAGUUUAAGUUCUUUUCGGGGUUAACCACUAACCAUUUUGGCGUAUCUUUGUGCUAGUAAACGAUCACAAAGCCGAUAUCAGUGGAGUGCACCGAACCACUGCAGUUGUCCUGGUGUCCGGAAAUACUUUACUUCACAGGGAGCACAUUUCUCUGAAAAUUUUGACCAAAAAUGCUUUUCGAUCUCCCUACAAUCGAACGAAAACAACUCCAUUGCCAUUGUAAAUGAAAGCUGCCUUGAAAUCGCUUUAAAGUCGCUGCUAGUUUUUGAUAACGAUUUGAACUCGCACCGAAAAAAGCAGCUCGUGUGUCUGGCCGUGCAAACUGGCCUAAUUGUUCUCUCCUUCACCACCGCAUUUCUGUUGUUCCUCUUCUCCAGCACCUCCAUUUCUUAGGUUUUCUUCCUCCAUCACCACAACCACUUUUGUAUUGAUUCCCUUCUCCAGCACCUCCGUCACAUUUGUAUGGUUCUUUUCGUCUGUCACCAUCACCCUACUUCUGUUGAUUCACUUCUCCAGAACAUCUAUCACAUUAAUAUGAUUUUCUACCUUUAUCACCACCGCCACAUUUCUAUUGAUUCCGUUCUCAGCACCUCCAUCACAUUUCUGUGUCAUGACAUUUCUGUGUUGUUCUUCCUUCAUCAAAACUCCCACUUUUCUUUUGUUUUCCUUCUUUUCGCAUUUAUAUUUUCCAUUCUCAAGCACCACAUUUCUACAGUUACCUCCAUCACCCCUACCACCACAUAUUAUCGGUUCUGGUAAUGGACAGUUCCCGCCUGGUUCCCCUUGGAUUUCAGCGUACCGACAGUAAACAACUAUUGUUUAAGCGUGUUUUGAGAUUCUCGAUUUUUCCGAUAGCUUUUGUCCUAAACGUGUUUAACAGAUUCUUUAAGAGGGCUCUGCCUCAAAAAAAAACAAAACAAUUAUUUGCAGAGAAGAUGCAAGAGUGGCACUGUGUUAUUAACUCUACAUGUAGUGUAAACCUGUUGUUUUUGUUAUUUACUCAUAGUAGCUCCAAUUGUAAAACUUUCCUGUGCUCUUUUGGUUACAGCUGUCCCUUAAGACUUUGGCCUUUAAUAAACUGAUCACACCAGAGACGACAAGCGGCCUGAGUUGUCUACAGUCAGCUUGUGUUAAAGGAGACAUCGAGACUGUCAAUGCAAUCUUAAACUACAGUCCAGACAAGCUUGAUAGUGCCAUAGCUAUGGGUAUUAAGAUUGGCUACAACUCGUCGGUUUUUCCUGGCAAAUCUCUUUUGACAGUCUUGAGACUGAAAGGUUCAGAAACGCACAAGCAGAUAAGCGAACUUGUUGAAAAAGUUACAAAACACUUUCAAUCCCAGUCUCUUUUGCACUUGGCUGCAAAAAGGGGAAAUACGGAGCAUCUUCGCAGGCUGCUUGAGUGUGGUGAGCAUGUUGACUCCUUGUCACCCGACCUGAUGGAAGGCCUGAGAGAAACGCCACUGAUGUUGGCAGCUAGGUACAAUGAGGUGGACGUUGUAGAAUUCUUAAUAGAGAGAGGCGCCUCUUUAGAGGCACAGGAUAUAGAGUAUUUAAGCCCAAUUCACCAUGCUGUAAAAGGCGGUAAAAUAAGUAAUGUUCUACGCUUAAUAGAGCUUGGAGCUAAAGUUUCGAAGGAGAAUCUUGAGUAUACGUCCCCCGUUCAUUUAGCUGCUGAAUGUGGCCACACCGAUAUUCUUCGUCUUCUCUUGGAGCACGGUGCAGAUGCUACGAAAUCCGUUGCGUAUAGCGGAACAACUCCAAUUAUGUUAGCUGCUGAGAAUGGGCACUUAGAAACCCUCAAACUUCUUCUAAUAAAUGGAUACGAUUUGGAUAAAGCUGAUGAAAGCGGCCAACUUUGUUUGCACUGUGCAGCUGAGGGAGACCAUUUUGACGUAGUCAAAUUUAUCCUUGAAAGUGGUGGGAAUGUACUAUCAAAAACUGGCUCUGGUCAGACAGUUCUCCAUUUGGCUACCCGUCGAGAUUUGGUCCAGUUUCUUUUUGAAAAAGGCGCAGAUGUUCAUGCAAGAGACUGCUACGGUAGAACUCCACUACAUGCCGCCUCUGGGAAGGGCCGAACCGAUACAGUCAAGUAUCUUCUUGUUCAGGGGGCAAAUGUUGACUCACGUGAUGAUUCUGGAUGUUCGGCUUUGUAUGAGGCUUUGCAGGGUGGUCAUGCCGCUACAGCCAAAGUUUUGAUCGAUAGUGGAUGCGACGUGAAACUUUCAACCGAUCCAAAACGCCGUAAGUACCUACACGGAGACUUGCUCAUAGGCGCGACAUCAAGUGGACGUACAGAAGUUUUAGACAUUCUUUUUCAAAUCGGUUUACCUGUAGAUGAACUUACACUGUAUAAUGAAACGCCUUUGAUGUCAGCAGUGAGAUCUGGACAAUGUGAGACUGUUGCCUUUCUAUUAGACCGAGGGGCUAACAUUAACGGUCAAACCAACAAACCCAAAGCAGAUGAAGGCGAUGAUCAUAAUGCCAGUGGCUCAGACUAUAGUGAGGAAGAUGACUACGCGAGUUGGUACGAGUUCAAACAUCGUCAUCGUCCUCCAUUGUAUUGUGCUCUGGAAGCGGGUCAAGAGAAAGUAGCUAAACUUCUGAUAGAAAGAGGCGCUGAUUCUUCAUACUCGCAAGAUGAGGAUACAUCACUUUCCGAACUUGCAGCUAAGCAUGGCUUCUCUGACAUCCUUGGGCUUCUCGGGUGUAAGGAUGACUUUCAUUGUGAUAAAAUCGUAGAUGGUGACACUUUACUGACAUCAGCUGCUGGACGUGGAGAUAUCAAGUCGGUUCGUUAUCUUCUACAAAAUGGCGCAGACGUGAAUAUGAAAAGCGUUAAAGGAGAAACAGCACUUACCAGUGUCAUUCAAUUUGCUGACCUUCCACGUGUGUUAGAAGUUGUUAAACUUCUCAUUUCGUUUGGCGCCGACAUAAACGCUAAGAACGCCGGUUCUCGAACACCUCUUUCGUUAGCUUGUUCAAGAAAUUUUUAUCAGGUGGCCGAGCUCCUCCUUGAAUUUGGCUGUGAGACCGGUAACAUCUACGGUGAUUCCUUUUCUCCCUUGCACCACGCUUCAGAAAACAACAAUGGAAAACUUGCAGAAAUUUUAUUGCAGUAUGGCGCUGAUGCAAAUGUGAAAGACGACGAGACGACACCUUUGCAUGUAGCGGCAAGUUCUUCUGGUAUUCUUGCAGCUCAGGUUCUCUUAAAACAUGGUGCUGACGUUGAAGUUGUGAAUCUAUCAGGCGAAACACCUCUCGCCGUAGCAGCAAGUCAUGGAAAUUUACCGAUGAUAAAAUUGCUGAUAGAAAGUGGGGCAAAUGUCCAUACCCAGGACAAACAUGGUAGAACCCCUCUCAUUCUCGCCCUAUGUCAUAUGCGGUAUCUUGAGUUUGAAGACGCCGGAGUGGCUGUGGUUCAAUACCUAUUGAAUAGAGGAAGCUCUGUAAAUGCUACCGACGUUUAUGGACGAUCGCCAGUUCAUUAUGUACCUCCUAGUGCCACAAGAGAAUUCUUUGACUUGCUCUUACAUCAUGGUGCUCGUGUGAAUGUGCCUGAUGAAAAUGGAGAGACGCCUUUACAUUUUGCUGCGUCGGUUGGAAGCAGCUCUUCAAUUGAGUGGUUGUUGGAACAUGGUGCUGACGUCAGAGCAGUUGACAGAGAAAAUCGCACCCCACUUCACACAGCUGCAUAUGAAGGCCGCCGCAGUUGUGUCGAGCUACUAAUUCAACAUGGUGCUGAUGUUCACGUCACCGACAACAAGGGAUGGCUGCCUUUGCACCUAACUUCGUUUUCAGGCUGCGCUGAUGUUGCUGGGCUUUUGGUUCAAAAUGGAAGUGAUGUUACAGUGGUUGACAAAAAGGGAAGAACACUUCUUCACUUGGCUGGAAAAUUUGGACAGGAUGAGUUUUUGGAAUUUCUUAUUCAUCAAGGUAGCGACGUUAAUGCACGCGAUCUAAGUGGACAAACAGUUCUUGGGGAAAUAUCCAAAUGUCCUUACAAAAACCCUGAGUGGAACUAUAUCCAAAUAUACCUGAACAAUGGUGGCGACAUAUUCGCAAUCGACACUCCAACAGGUCGAACAACGCUUCAUUUUGCUGCGGAAUGUAAUUUCGUGUCUACUUUGGACAAUCUAUUAAACCAAGGCAUUGAGGUUGACGCAAAAGACAAAAAUGGGGACACUGCUUUGCACCGGGCAGCCGCAUAUGGAGCUUCAGAAGUAAUAGAACGACUGAUUGAUCGAGGAGCGGAUUUGUCUGCCUUGAACAAGAAAGGUCGGACGCCAUUCUUAGUUAGUCUUAAAAGGAAUCCUAACAAAACAGCUUGUGAGAUUUUGCUAAGACGUGGAAGUUCGGUGCAUGUUGCAGAUAACGAAGGGAACACGGCCCUUCACUUCGCUGUCUGUCAACCCAGUGUUCUUAAGGAAAUUGUGAAAAAGGGAGGAGAUGUCAAUGCGGUUAAUAAACAUGGAUGUAGUCCCCUUCACGAAGCUGCUUACGGCGCGUACUUACCAGACUCACCGCGGCUCUUGAUCAAGGCAGGUGCUGAUGUCUGUUGCCAAGAUGAACAAGGAAAUACACCUUUUCACGUAGCUGUUUUGCGUGGCAACAGUAACAUUGCUGAGUUUCUCAUUAAGAAUGGAAGCGACGCCCUUGCUACCAACUUUCAGGGUAAAACAUGCCUUCACAUGUCCAGAUAUUAUGGCGAUAAUCGUCUUUUAGAGAGGAUGAUUCGUCAAGGGCUAGACGUUAAUGCUGUCGAUGAGCUCGGAUGCACUCCCCUUCAUAUUGCCUUGCUUGGAAACGACGAGUGGCUGGUAGAAUUGUUGUUGAAGAAUGGUGGCGAUUGUGGAGCUGUGGAUUAUAAAGGAGCCACCCCUCUUCACGUAGGCUGCUGUUCAGGAGGAAAAGAAACGGUUUCGUUGUUGGUUAAUCACGGAAGGUAAGAUUGCAGGUUUUUUAUGUUGUUCCCAAAACGAAAAUUGCAAAAAGGUCGUGAUGGUGGUCGAGACGGGCUUUUGUCGGUACUUUGAAGGCAAAGUCUUCCCUCUCCUUAGCUGACAUUUUGGAAACAGGGGUAUUUGGCUAUUAUACAGAGGUGGCCUUUAGCCUCUAAAAAUCAAGAGUGGGUGUAUUUCGCUAGAGUAAAAAAGUGGCCCUUGUAGAGAGAGGUGACCGUUAGUGGAGGCUCUGCUGUAACUCAUUCUUCAGUGAGAUAUCGGCUUCACAUUUGAAGUGUCUCCAUCGUUUGGUGACAUAUCAAACACGAUACGCAGAGUUUCAUCCAAUAUCCGGACACCGAUAACUUGGUUGAAAAAAGAGUUUUCUAACCUAUCCUAAAGGUUCCUAGGUAUGGCAUGAAACAGUGAGUAGAUUAAGUUUUGAAUAUAUGAAAAUCAUUAACUGUGGAGUGAAGAAUUAAAUGAAGGAUGAUCAUCGCAGUUAUAUACGCAACUUUUACAGUUGCGAAAAGAAAGCCUGAAAACACUAGGGCUUGUACGAGAUUCGAACUCUUGACUUCUGCGAUAGAGCGCUGCACCGGUAUCGCAGAGGUCAAGAGUUCGAAUCCCGUACGAGCCUGAAUUUUCUUCAGGCUUUUUUUUCGCAACUGCAAAAGUUGCGUAUAUAACUGCAAUGAUCAUCCGUCAUUUAAGUGAGUAGAUUGUCUGAGAUAACUUCUCAGAUGAACAACUAUUCUUGGAGAAAGACAAAGCUACUAAAGUUCGCAAAAUGUUUAUGGUAAUUAAGAAGUGAUAUCCAAAGCAUCUGACGGUAGUGAUUUCCUUUCCUUUCUAUUCAUAUAUUAUUACUGGUUUGUGAACGGUAAUUCACAAAUAAUGUGAAAAAUCGAAGCUUCAACAUCCCCCCAGGUAUACCCGAAGCAUUUGACACCUUUGCCGUCCCGGGGAAGGGGAUUUCAUGAUCAGGAUCUUUCGGGGGGUGGGGAAUUUGAACCAUAGACUCAAUUUCAUGUGACAUUUAUACUGUGCACGAUGUUAUCUAUUGCAACCUGUCUGCAGACUCUGGUUCAAGAGCAUUAGAAAGCCACCACAUAGUAGAGAAAUACGGUUUAAAUUUCCCCGGGGUGCAAGCACUUGAUCACCUAAAAUGUAUCUGUGAUAGGGCAUUUGAAAGACUUUUUGGCUCGGGGAAGGGGGAAAUUUGGGGGUUGUCCCGGGUGAUGUUGAAGCUUCGAUUUGACCGAUACAUAAUGACCACUUUUUUGCCGCGUCGGACGAGUUCGCUCUUGUAUUGAACUCCCAGCAACACUCACUUCUUAGUUCUACAAACGCCAGUUAUAGCUGUUCUGAAGUCUUAUUGUUUUGGAGAGGUGUAACUGGAUGAAUUGCAACUCAUAAUUCCUCAUCUCUAUUUUCGAAUGUCCCAUAGCACACUCAGUUUGCCCCCAAAAUGUCGCAUAAACCUAUUGUCGUCAAAUGCUCCUGGGAGGUCGUUAGAAAACAAUAACGUAUGAAAAAUUUGUAGGGCACACAGUGUAUUAUGGGGGAUUCGAAUAUAGCUAAUUAACAAAACUUGCUUUGCGAUUUUUUAAAUCUUUCGACUUUAAUUUGUAGUAAUCUCGAAGCUAAGGACUACAAAGGUUGCACUCCACUUCACAUCUGCGCUGUCUUCGAUCACAAAUCCACAGCUUGUUUACUUCUUCAGAAUGGAGCAAACAUUGAAGCCAGGGAUGAAGAAGGGAGUACUCCACUGCACCUUGCUUCAGCCUUCAGUGAUGCAGAGGUAGUUAAACUGUUUCUUGAGCAUGGUGCAAGGGUUGGUUCAAGGGAUUCAGAAGGCAGUAUUCCGCUUCACACGGCUGCUGCACUCGGUAGGAUAAAAUGUAUUCCAGUGUUAAUUGAUGCAAGAAGUGACGUCAACGCGCGUGAUGAUAAUGGAGAGACACCGCUGCACGUGUCUGCAGGCUCUGGUCAUCUUGACGUAGUUCGUCUGUUGAUGAAAAAGGGAGCAGAUUUGUUUGCAGUAGACAAGGAAGGGCGUACACCGAGUACAUGUGCUCAACUGUUUGGACACAAAGAAGUGGAAAAGUGUCUACAGGAAAGAUCUAGCCUAUCACACAAGGGUAUUAGUCUUUCAUCGGAUCUUAAAGAACUGAAGGUUUUUUAGUUAUUAAGUCAUAGCACUUGUGAUGUCGAACUGGUCUUCAAGUUGAAAAUGACGAGGGCCAUGUUAAACGGACAUGACCCUUUGGGUAUGUUUCAGGUACAGUGGAACCUCGAUAUAACGAACCUCUAUAUAACGACGUCCGCGGUAUAACGAACGAUUUUCUUUACCCCAGUAAUAGUAAAAUAUAUGAAAAAGAGCCUCGAUAUAAUGAAACCUCGUUUUAGUGAACCCAUUUUGCCAGUCCCUUGGCCCUUCGUUUUAUCGAGGUUCUACUGUGCAAGUCUUCCCCUUCAUACAACUUUUGCAUCAAACAUUUUAGGGGUGCAUUUGUACUCUAGCUGUGGCUUACAACGUUCGAAGGAGCGGUCGUACAGCAUGUCCCUAAAACAUAAUUAACAGCUGAAAAAUCAGUCACAACGACCAGACUACUUCGCGUUAGUGCAACGGGACAACCACAAAAAGUAAAGUUGUUAUGGGUUACAUGAUUUAAGACCGAAGUAGCGCGCAGAUUGCAUGAGCCGAGAGAGUGUAGAUCAUUUUUUAAAAAUAGUGACGCGUGAGUUAUUGAGCUAAUACCCAUCCUGGUGUCUGUGACUGAGGCAUUGGUGGAUUCUAGUUGAGCAGCUUAAAAAGGCCCUGUUUGCACUACGCAAAAUUUUGUUUGUCGUGCAAUAAAUUUUUCUAACAGGAAGCCAUUAAUUGUGCGAACGAUUUUUUCACCUACCAAAAUAUUCUCAAGUGUCACCAAACUUCAAAGAUACUAUGGAGAAUAUUUGAAGGCCGAUAAUUUUUUGUCAUGUGACAAACUCCUUUGUUCGUUGACAGCCAUUCUUCGUCGGGUCAUCUUAUCUCGCGAACAUGACCAAUUAAAGUUCCUUUAAUUGAAGUUUCUAGUUAUACGAAAAAUUUCGCGUAUCUCAGUGACGAAAAAGAAUGCAAAAACGAAAAAUUGGUGAUUACAAAAUUUUCAAGUUUUUUGCAAAUGCUUAAGUCUAUUUUUCGUCGUAGGGCGAACAGGGUCUAACAGAUAAAUUGUAAAAUUACUUUUCCCGUUAUGACAUUUUAAGAGGAAGUUAGAGGGGAAGUCUCGGGAGAAUUCUCCGAAGAUUUCGUGUAAACGUAUCUUAACACAUAAAGAACACUAGGGGACGCGCAGAAUGAUCUGGAAUAAUCAAAGAGAAAUCAAAGAGAACUAA